CUCCCCUAUCUCUCUCUCUGCCACUAUUUUUGAGCCCUUUUCAAGUAACCCGAAUAUGCUUCAGUUUGGAUCCGGUUAACCCGAUUUCAAAACCGUCCUGAAUUGUGGUCUCUGAUUCAUUACGGUUGAGAUUUUGAUGCAGUGGCAGCGUUGUGAUUCGGCUAUGCAGACAGAGAAUCCGGUGAAUUACACGUAUAUGGAUAGGAGCUUUAAUCAAUCGAGUAUCAACCAUGAUUCUGCAGCUUUCAGUGAUUGUAACAGCGAUAGAUCCGGGGAGUUCCCUACGGCAUCGUCUCAGAGUCGGCAGUGGUUACGAGCCUGUGCUAAUUCAGAGAAUUCGGAUGAGUUGAUAACGCAACUCGUAUCGAAUCUCGAUUCCUUUUCGAUUGACGAGCGAAAGCAAGCGGCUUUGGAGCUUAGACUAUUGGCAAAGAACAAACCGGAGAAUCGAAUCAAGAUCGCUAAAGCCGGCGCGAUUAAGCCGUUGAUUUCGUUAAUCUCAUCCUCUGAUCUGUAUCUUCAAGAAAACGGGGUGACGGCAAUUUUGAAUCUCACUUUAUGCGACGAGAACAAAGAACUUAUAGCUUCAUCGGGAGCGAUUAAGCCACUGGUUAGAGCUUUGAAAACGGGAACCUCAACGGCUAAAGAAAACGCGGCUUGUGCUUUGCUUCGGCUAUCUCAGAUAGAAGAAAACAAGGUCGGGAUCGGACGGUCGGGAGCGAUUCCACUUUUAGUUACUCUUCUCGAGAACGGAGGAAUUCGCGGGAAAAAGGACGCAUCGACGGCCCUGUAUUCAUUAUGUACCGUUAGAGAGAACAAGCUCAAGGCCGUUGAAGCGGGGAUCAUGAAACCACUAGUGGAAUUAAUGGCUGACUUGGGUUCGAACAUGGUUGACAAGUCAGCGUUCGUUUUGAGCGUGUUGGUAUCAGUACCGGAAGCCAGAACGGCCUUAGUUGAAGAAGGAGGGAUUCCCGUGUUGGUGGAAAUCGUUGAAGUUGGAUCACAAAGGCAAAAGGAAAUCGCCGUAGCCAUCCUCUUACAGAUUUGCGAGGACAGUGUGGUGUACCGUACUAUGGUGGCCCGUGAAGGAGCGAUUCCUCCCUUAGUAGCUCUUUCUCAGUCAGGCAGCAACCGCUCCAGGCAAAAGGCAGAGACACUGAUAGAGCUUCUACGGCAACCAAGAUCCGGCGACACCGCUCCCAGGCCCUCAGAUGUGUCAGUAUAAAACUAUCCCUACGACAUGGCGUUUUUAAUUAAAAAAAUCCAAAAAAAAAAAACACUGAAAUAGAUUUUACAAAAAACGAAUAUGAGAAAAAAUAAAAAAAAGGAAAUGUAAAUAUAAAUAUCUUACGUAAAAUGAGAAGUGAUGUGAGAUUUGAGCUGCUUAAUUUUGGGUUUUUGGCUUUCCCUUCUGGCGUAUUUUACAAAUAAGAAAAUAUAUACUAUUCUUAUUUCACUAUCACCACCGGUAGGUUCAAUCCCGGGUCCUAGCUUUUGACGGCAUAAUGGUUUAUUAAUGAAAUUUUAUAUACUUUUUGGGUUACUGUUCAA